UAUAACUUAAAAGAAGACAGACGCACAACACCAUUUGUCUUUUCAAAGGUUCAUCAUGAGGACUGCAGUCGCUCUACAGCUGGGGUCCUGCGGCCUUUGUCUAACUCUGGCACUUCUCGGAGAAGGAAUGGGAUUGGAGCUUCCUGACCCACCAGCAGUGAACUGUGCAUGGACCAGCUGGUCAGAGUGGAGUUCAUGUGAUCCUUGCACAAAAACCAGAAGACGUUCUCGAGGUACAGAGGUGUUUGGCCAGUUUGGAGGACAGUCCUGCCAGGGAUCACUUGGGGAGAAGGAGUUCUGUACAAAUGAUACUGAGUGUGCGCUACCACCGCCCCGUCAGUGCCUAGACUCUGAGUUCCAGUGCGAGUCAGGUUCUUGCAUUAAGAAGAGAUUAAUGUGCAAUGGGGACUAUGACUGCGAAGAUGGAUUAGAUGAGGACUGUGAUACUGUGCGCAAACCAUGUCAGUCAUCAGUCCUGGAGAGCAAUGAGCAAGGCAGAACAGCAGGAUAUGGAAUCAACAUCUUGGGUUCAGAUCCUCGAAUGAACCCCUUCAACAAUGAUUACUUCAAUGGAAGAUGUCACAAAGUGCUGAAUCCAAACACUGGGCGGCAUGACAGGCUUCCCUGGAACGUUGGUGUGCUACACUAUCAGACUCUAACAGAGGAGACACUUUCUAGAGAGAUCUAUGAGGACACACACAGCCUUCUGAGGGAGAUGCUGAGGGAGAUGACUGUUAAAGUUGAUGCCGGACUUUCCUUCAAAUUCAGCCCAAGUGAGGAGUCAAUGUCGAAAGCGUCUACACAGCUGAAUUUAAAUUACCAAUACGCAAAGAAUUCUAUGAUUAAGGAGGUCUCAGAGUACAGCACCAUUGAGAACAAGAGCUUUGUGCGGGUGAAGGGCAGAGUGCAGCUGAGCACCUACAGGCUGCGCUCUCAUGAGCUCCAAGUGGCUGAUGAAUUCCUAGAGCAUGUCAAAUCUUUGCCGUUGGCGUAUGAGAAGGGUAUUUAUUUUGCAUUCCUUGAAGACUAUGGAACCCACUACACCAAAAAUGGGAAGUCUGGCGGCGAAUACGAGUUGAUAUAUGUUCUCAACCAGGACACCAUCAAGGCAAAAAAUCUGACAGAGAGAACGGUCCAGGAGUGCGUCAAAUUAGGCAUCACAGCAGAUUUUGGUGACGAUGGAAAAGCAAACCUAAACCGCGACAAGUGUGAUAAUGUAACAUCAAAACAAGAAGGUGAUAUUCAUGGAAAAGCAGUGGUGGACAAGGUGAUGACAUCAGUCAAAGGAGGAACUCUGGAAAGUGCCGUUACUAUGAGAGCUAAAUUAAAUCAGGAAGGAGUGAUGGACAUCGCAACAUAUCAGAACUGGGCUCGAACCAUCGCAGAGGCCCCUGCACUGCUCAACAGUGAGCCAGAGCCCAUCUAUAUGUUGAUUCCAUUGGAUAUGCCUGGCGCCAACUCCAGGAUAUCCAACCUGAAGCAGGCCACCGCAGACUAUGUGGCAGAGUAUAAUGUCUGCAAGUGUAAGCCUUGUCACAACGGAGGAACUGUCGCUCUGCUGGAUGGAAAGUGCAUGUGCCUGUGCCCUCAUCUGUUUGAAGGUGCAGCCUGCCAGAAUUUCAAGGGUGAUAAAGCUAAACAUGCAGCUACAAGACCUACUGUGAACCAGGAGGGUAACUGGUCGUGCUGGUCUGCCUGGUCCAGAUGUAGUGGAGGGAAACGCCACAGGACACAUGGAUGCAACACGGACGGGCUUCAUGGAGCUGUGUGCAGAGGCAACACCAGCAUUGAAGAGUCCUGCUUGCUAAUAACUCAUCUUUAAAAGACACAUUGGCCGUGCAAACAAGAACCAAAUGAGCUGAAGUCGACAGGACGGGGAGAGAGAAGUUGAUAACUGGUGGACAGAGCUCGGCGAUUAAGGAGCUGCACAUAAACUCGACAUAAAGAACACAUUAUAAGGAGAUAUUUUAAGAUUGUUCCAUUUCCCUUUGUCAGGUGCUGCUGAAACCUCUUCCACACAUGUACAUGUGUAGAAACACGUCACCCAUACAUGAUAUGUCAGUUUGAAUAUGUGGUGAAAUGUGGCAAGAGAAAGACACUCUAGUGAGUUUUGAACGCUGAAGCAAAAUUUACAAAUACGAACUACAUGUACCUGCUCUGGAUGAAACACUUGACUUAACUUUCUUUGCAGAUUACUGCUGUUUGUAGACCUUGUCGUUGCCUCUACUGGUGAAUAGGUCAUUUAACAUGGCAACACAAAAUUCCAAACAAUCGAUGUUUUGACAAAGGAUUAAUAAUAAACUGAACACUACUCAAUCAA